AUGACCCCCGAUCACCCCAGCAAGCAACGCUACUCCUCACAAACGACUUAUACAAAACUCGCCAAGAACCUGUUACUGCAUCGCGCUGUUGCCUCCGCUUCUACGAGCACGCUACAGGCUGAUGCCAUCAUCGGAUAUCUGUCCACUUCGCAGGCCUUCGAGCUCACACUGCAGACCGCCUUCACGCCCGACGAAGAAAUUGCGCUUGCUGACUUUGCGCUCAACCCCAUUCUCGUCUUCCCUUUUCUAAGUUCCCAAUGGAAGCCCGCUACCGACGAAUCGCACAUGAUUGCCCACUACCAGAGCGCCCGCGAUGGCGCUGCGAUCGUCCGCUACCUCGACGAGUUCUACCGCAUCGCCCACGGCCUGCCCGCGACAGCGCUCGAAUGCGCGCACGUCUCUUUUACCUGCGAUAUCCAGGCGCUCAACAUCUGGCUGCACUGGUGCGAGCUGGGCGCUGCUGGUGCUGCAACAUACUACAUGCAGAGCAUCUUCGACUGCACCUUGCGUAAUGAGAAGCACCUUCUCGAAGCGCGGGCACUGCUGUGGAACCACAUCGAGUGUGCGCUAGACAGCCGGCUGCGCUCGCUGAAAGAUGCAUUUCCUUCUUUCUGCACCGAGUUUCUCAAGCGGAAGUUCAAGACCACCAAGGCCGUCGGCUUCUCCGUGCUUCCAUUCAAUCAGAUUCCAUCGCCCUCGUCGAAUCGCAAUGAGUUCGAACCAAUCAAACGGUCCAACAAGCGGCUGCGGACGGACGAGAAUGUUGAGGGUUGA